AUGAAGAGCUUCUUCAUUCGUAUUGGCGAUGCCGUCCACUGGUACCCAAAGGGCAUCACGACUGAGGAAAAGAUCCUCAUAUUCAAAAUUGAUCUUCUUGUUCUCGUUUAUGCAUGCCUUGCUUUCUUCACCAAGUACCUCGACAUAAGUGCAUUGACAAAUGCAUAUGUAUCUGGCAUGGAAGAAGAUCUUAAUCUAUUCGGUAAUAGAUUGAACUACAUAAACGCUGCCUAUGAAACUGGAUAUGUCGUUUUUCAGAUUCCGAGCAACCUUUUUAUCACCAGAUACCCGUCUCAGUAUUACCUUCCGGCUGCCGAGGUAUUUUGGGGUCUUUUCACUCUUGGUACCGCCUUCGUUCAAAAUUAUGAACAACUUGUCGUCAUGCGAUUCUUCGUCGGUCUCAGCGCGACCUCCUGCUAUGUAGGCCUGGUCCAUAUCAUCAACUCGUGGUAUCGCAAGGAGGAAUUAGGUAGGAGGAACGCAUUGUUUUGGAUAUCGAACCCCAUCGGACAAAUGUUUGCUGGCUACUUACAAGCCGCGGCAUACACCAACCUGAACGGUACAGCGGGGCUACAAGGCUGGAGGUGGCUUUUCGUCAUUUGUACGAUUAUAACGAUUCCCGUGGCCUUUAUCGGUUUCGCGUUCUUCCCUGAUGUACCGGAAAGGACAAAAUCAAGAUGGCUAACAAGUGAAGAGAAGGCACUCGCCAAAAAGCGCUUAGAAGAAGAGGGAUUCAAACCUUCAACCGGAAUCAACCGUGCUCUGUUUAAAAGAGUGGCAUCGACAUGGGAGUUCUAUGUGUUUGUUUUCUGCUUGCUUCUUCUAUGCAACGCCAUCUAUCCCCUUGGAACUCCUUUUAUUCUAUGGCUCAAAUCUCAACCGGACCGUUAUUCUAUUCCGCUCGUUGACGAUAUUGGAACCAUAACUAAUGCGGUAGCUGCUGUAUCGGCAUUGGUCAACGCUUAUUAUACUGACCUCCGAGGCAAGCGAUGGGAACCGAUUAUGUUCUCAGCUUCCUUGGCAGUUUUUGCAAAUCUGCUUCUUGCAAUUUGGAACAUACCCAACGGUCUGAAAUUCUUUGCGUUUAUCGCUAUUGGCUGGGCCGAAGGAGUAUUACCAAUCCUGAUCGCAUGGACCGCUGAAACACUGGCCGGCGAUCUCGAGCUGCGCGCCAUCACUUUAGCAACUUACAAUUGCUUGGGUGAAGUCACCAGUCUGGUAGUUCCAUUGGUAGCAUGGCCCGUAUCCAAAGGUCCUCGCUUCCUAGGCGGUUACAUAUGGGCCGUGGUUAUUAGUUUCGCAUAUGUGCUAAAUGUUGUGUUAAUUCUCGUGUUAGAGAAACGAAAGCGCAGGCAAGAUCAACCCAAGACCGUAUUCGCCAAUGAAGAAGUCAUCGACACGAUGGCACGAGCUCUCGAAAGACUGAAUCAAAUACAAAAGACUAUAGCACCGCCAUCCAUAGCUCCAGAGGGCGGUGCAUUGAAGGAAUCAACGGAAAAGCUAUGGAGACCGAGAGAUCGGCCUUUUGAUUUAGCUCCUCCAGUCAAGGUGAUCAUUGUUGGUGCAGGAAUCGCUGGCAUUGCUGCAUCCAUAUUACUACCUCGAAAAGUCGCCAAUUUGACUUACAAGGUCUUUGAGAAGCAAAAUGCCGUUGGUGGUACUUGGGCACAGAAUCGCUACCCUGGUGUGCGUUGUGACAUUCCGUCUCACAGUUAUCAACUCACGUUCGCUCCAAAUACGCACUGGUCCGAGUAUUAUUCGUCUGGAGAUGAGAUACAACAGUACUACGAUAGGCUUGCAAAAGACUUUGGAGUUGAAGAACAUCUGAAUUUUAAACAUGAGGUUCUGUCUGCUAUCUGGUCGGACGACGUCAAGCAAUGGAUUGUGAAAGUCCAAAAUCUCGCCACAGGAGAGAUCUUCACUGAAACAUCAGAUUUCUUUAUUUUGGCCGCGGGGAGACUGAAUGUUCCCAAAUAUCCGAAAAUACCAGGCCUCAAAACUGUUUAUCAAGGUACUGUGGUUCACACUGCGGAGUGGACAGAGGACCUCACGAACAAGCUCAAAGGUAAACGCGUAGCGGUGAUAGGCAACGGUGCUAGCGGACAACAGAUUCUCGUCAACAUACUAGAGGACACCGCGCAUAUUGAUCACUAUGUCAGGUCCCGGCAGUGGACCGUUUCAUCAUUCAAUCCUAAUCUCGUGUCUGCCAAAAUUGAUUUGCCCGGAGCACACAUCUAUACUGAUGAGGAGAAAAGAAGAUUUGAUAAAGAUCCCCAAGCAUAUUUGGAAUAUCGCCGGGAAAUAGAGCGGUAUUUCCACGGAAGAUACGAGGGCACGAUUUCCGGUAGUAAGGAAAACGAACAGAUACGGCAAAAGUAUGAGGAGGAAUUAUUGACUCGACUUGGUGGAGAUAAGUCCUGGUUCGAUCGUCUCGUCCCCGACUUUGCACCUGGAUGUAAACGACCAAUUCCUUCCGCAGGAUACAUAGAUGCGAUCCGGAAUUCAAAGGUGGACUACGUGGAUAACACCAGAAUCACACAUGCCACAGCAACGGGACUCGUAACUGACGACGGAAUAGAGAGGCCUGUCGACAUUAUCAUUGUUGCGACUGGGUUUGAAAAUGGGUUUCGCCCCUUAUUCCCAACAAUCGGGAAGAAUGGGGUAGACCUGAGCAAGCUCUGGGCCGACGAUGGCCCAAUCGGCUAUCCAGAGACAUACUUUGGCGUCAUGGCUCCUAACAUUCCGAAUUACUUUGCAGUUACUCAGGCAAAUACCAACGGCCAGGGAGGGACAUUUCCUCUUCAAACAGAAAUCUCUGCGACGUAUAUUUCCAAGGUUAUUCGCAAGGUUCAGAGCCAGGGGUACCGGGCCAUAUACCCAUCGCAGGAGGCGACGGAUGACUUCAACGAGAUUAUCACAGGGUAUUUUGACGACAAAGUGAUAGGCGAUGAUUGCGAUGGUUGGUGGAAAAGUGGGUUUGGUAAAUCCCGGCCGUUGGUCUCAUGGCCUGGCACUGGCCAUCACCGAUUUGAUAUCAGUCGAGAGCCACGUUGGGAGGACUUUGUCUUUGAACGAUCGGAAGAAGGGAAAAGAAAUCGGUUUGAGUACUUUGGCAAUGGAUGGACUGAGCGGGAGAGAACCGGUGGCAAUGCUGCCUUGACAAGCUAUCUUAGAGAGGUUGGGAAAAUUGAUAUUGCAACUCUGCACGAAAACUGGAACGAUUGA